CCGGAAACGACAUCACCCUUCUGUUUAUAUCGUAAGAGUCGCUAACCCUUGUUGCAUGGAAUCUUAUUUUUUAGACACAUUUAUAAAACUAGAAAAAUAGCUACCUCACAAUUGUUUGAUGGCAAUGGGCGGUCAUGGGGUGAUGGCGAACGAGGAAUCUUUGGAUUACUCCGUCCACGAGGCGUGGAACGAGGCCACCAACGUCUAUUUGCUCGUCAUUCUGGUUAGCUUCGGACUGCUGAUGUACGCUAGAAAGUAAGAGAGGUUCCUUUGCAUUUUGUUCCCAACAAAUGCCCGACUGUUUAUAAAUAUUUGCAUCAUCAACAACUAAAUGUGUGCCUUACUAGCUUUGCUUUUAAAAAGCUUCCAUCCAGCUAAUGCAUGAAUUACAUACGGUUUGGUCUCAUUCUCUCUUUCCUAUAAAGCCCAACAGUGGAGGUGUCAAAAUACCCAUAAAACCUAGCGGUCAAACAGGCAAAUGGUUCCAAUCGUUUUUCCACCAUAAAUUUUUCCCAUAGGGAAUUUUAGAAACACUUAAAAUAAGGGCUGUGUUUUGUGUAGGCUUACCCCGGCAGGACAUUUUGAUAACCAUGUAAAUCUCUCUCUGAUAAGGUGCCUUUUAUCAGUAUAUUCGGCACUAUUUACUCUCAGAUUCGAAAAUGCUAAUUAGCAUCAAGGUAGACAUCAUGCAAGACUACAAGUCCCUGCACGUCAUCUCUAGCUGACACCUUUGCUAACAGGUAUUGUGUAAAUUUUAAACUUGCACAAGACAGUUCACAGAAUUGUCAAUUUAAAGAAAUUUAGCCAAUUUAUUUAUUUUAAAUUUAGCUAACAUUAGAUCGUUAAUCCAGAGAUUCAAUGCCAUACAACACUCCUUCCGUAGCCUCCAACUGCUCUUAAACGCUAGUAAAACUCGUCCAGAUCAUCAUGAAAUGUGUAGUUCUUUAUGAUAGCCACAUUAGCAGCUAAUUAGUAUUUCAUUUUUGGGGGGUAAAUACAGGCAAAUAUAUAGAGAGAUUUACAUGGUUAUCAAAACACCACACCAGGGUAAGCCUCCAUGAAACACAGCCCUUAUUUUAAGUGUUUCUAAAAUCCCCUAUGGGAAAAAUGAAUGGUGGAAAAACGAUUGGAAUCAUUUCCUUGUUUGACCCCUAGGUUUUAUGGGUAUUAUGACUCAUACUGUGGUCCUCUAUUCUCCCCAUCAGAAAUAAGAGGAAGAUCAUGAGGAUAUUCGCUCUGCCGCCUACCGCUGGAGCCACUACCGAACCCAACUUCUACGACAGUCUGCAGAAAGUGAGACUGCGUCAGCAGCUGGAGAUGUACUCCUUUGGUGAGUUUGUCAGUCUCAGUUCUGUUGCAGAAUGAUGCAUCAAUGUUAGGCUCACCUAUGAUAUGAUCAGGAAUGGGCAAAAAUUACAAACUACAAAAUAGCAUAAAGGUCAAUGUAUCAAAAUAAACUACAAAAUACUUGUAUUUUGAAAUGUAUUUAAUUAAAAUAUUUAGAAUUUUGAAAUACAUUUGCAAGUAGCCAGCAUGAACAGCAACAACAUUCUCAGUAAUUGUACAGAAACGUUUUACUUGUUUUGACUGUGAUAUGUUGUUGUUUAUCUACCUUAGUUGAAUGCCCUGACUGUAAGUCACUCUGGAUAAGAGUGUCUGCUAAAUUACCUAAAUGUCUGUUUGAAAAUCAGAGAAGGGUAAUAUUUCUGUUUCAUGUAUUUGAAAUAUGUAUUUCAAUUACUUCUGAGUAUUUUGUAAUUUCUAUUACACUGGGCUGAACUACACUCCAAUGUAUUUCAUAAGAAGAUACUUUCAAGAGCUGUAAUGUGUAUUUUCAAAAGACAAACUACUUUUCUAUACCAUUUUGUGGCCCGCUGUCACCCUGCAUUGGUAUCAGAUGACUAAUAACACUAUGGUCUGAUAAGAGCGUCUGCUAAAUGAACUAAAUAUAAAUGUGUAUAUCUCUGCAAAGCAUGCAGAGUGUUAUUCUAAUGAGCUCCGCCCCGAAACAAGGUUUUGUCUAUAAGGGAUACAGCUUGUGUCAAAAUAGAGCAGGUUUAGGAGAAUUAGGCUAAGCUGUAUGUAUCCCGUCUAGACAUGACCCCGAAACAAGGCCAGUUCAUUUUGGCAUGUUCAUUUUCACAUACAGUGCAUUUGGAAAGUAUUCAGAUCCCUUGACUUUUUGCUGCCACCACCAUGCUUCACCGUAGGGAUGGUGCCAGGUUUCCUCCAGACGUGACGCUUGGCAUUCAUCUUGGUUUCAUCAGACCAGAGAAUCUUGUUUCUCAUGGUUCAAGAGUCUUUAGGUGCCUUUUGGCAAAAUCCAAGCGGGCUGUCAUGUGCCUUUUACUGAGGAGUGGCUUCCGUCUGGCCGCUCUACCAUAAAGGCCUGACUGGUGGAGUGCUGCAGAGAUGGUUGUCCUUCUGGAAGGUUCUCCCAUCUCCACAGAGGAACUCUGGAGUUCUUUCAGAGUGACCAUCUGGUUCUUGGUCACCUCCCUGACCAAGGCCCUUCUCCCCCGAUUGCUCAGUUUGGCCGGGCAGCCAGCUCUAGGAAGAGUCUUGGGGGUUCUUAACUUCUUCCAUUUAAGAAUGAUGGAGGCCAUUGUGUUUUUGGGGACCUUCAAUGCUGCAGAAAUGUUUUGGUUCCCUUCCCCAGAUCUGUGCCUCGACACAAUCAUAUCUCUGAGCUCUACGGACAAUUCCUUCGACCUCAUGGCUUGGUUUUUGCUCUGACAUGCACUGUCAACUGUGGGACCUUAUAUAGACAGGUGUGUGCCUUUCCAAAUCAUGUCCAAUCAGUUGAAUUUACCACAGGUGGACUCCAAUCAAGUUGUAGGAACAUCUCAAGGAUGAUCAAUGGAAACAGGAUGCACCUGAACUCAAUUUCGAGUCUAAUAGCAAAGGGUCUGAAUACUUAUGUAAAUAAGGUAUUUCUGUAUUCUGUACAACAAUUCUAAAAACCUGUUUUCGCUCGCUUUGUAAUUAUGGGUUAAUGUGUGUAGAUUGAUGAGGAAAAAUGUUUAUUUAAUCAAUUUUAGAAUAAGGCUGUAACGUAACAAAGUGGAAGAAGUCAAGGGGUCUGAAUACUUUCUGAAUGCACUGUAUACAGUCAGUGCGUUCAACUAACGUAGAUAAACAACAACAUAUCACAGUCAUAGCAAGUAAAACGUUUCUGUGACCGUUACUGAGAAUGUUGUUGCUGUUCGGGCCAGCUACUUGCAAAAAUGUAUUUCUGUAUUUUAAAAUACAAAAUACAUGUAUUUUAAUUUAUAUUUUGUAGUUUAUUUUGAUACAUUGAUCUUUAUGGUAUUUAGUAAUUGUAUUUAGUCAUUCUUGACCGUCCUUGGUGAAAAAUUAACAUACCAAAAGGAACUGCAAAGCACACUGGGUAUUAUUAUUAUUGGCCUUGUUUUGGGGUCAUGUCUAGAUGGGAUAAUUCUACUAACCUGCUACAUUAAUUCUCCUAACCUGCUGUGUAAGUUUUUCUAAACCUGCUAUGAAAAGCUGUAUCCCUUCUAGACAUAACCUUGUUUCGAGGCGGAGCUCAUUAGAAUAAUACUCUGCGUGCAAUUGUACAUUUUUACAUACACAUUUAUAUUUAUAGUGCCAUCAGACUUCUGAUACCAAUGCAGAGUGAAAGAGGGCCACAAAAUGGCGAACCGCUAUAAAAAAUGGUAUAGAAAAUAUUUUGUAUUUUGAAAAUACAAAUUACAGCUCUUGAAAGUAUCUUGCUACAAAAUACAUUGGAGUGUAGUUCAGCCCAGUGUAAUACAAAAUACUCAGAAGUAAUUGAAAUACGUGUAGCAGAAAUACUGCCUAUCUUUGGAUAUGAUAGUCUGUGGUCAAAUACAUAUUGACAUUUAAAUAUUUCUGUCCAUGACUAGGAACUGACCUCAAAUCUGUUAAUCACUCGAGUCAAAUAUAUUUCUGGUUUAGCAAAUAGCUCUGUCAUUCACUAAUAAACUCUAGCUCGCACAACUGUUCUAAAAUAUCUAAAUCAAUCCCAAUGUUAAAAUGUGUAUAAUUUUGACUCCUUUAUUCCUUUUUAACAGCGAGGAAGUUUGACCAGCAGCAGCACCAAUGCCAGAGUGAAAGUGUUCAGCUCUCUAUGGAAUGAGACCACGACAAUAGUGUAGCAUGACCCUGCAUCAUGCCUGCCUGCUCCACCCAGUCUCUCCACCCUUAAGCCUCUUUGGCUUUGGUAAGUCUGAUCAUUACAACACUCCUGAAGAGGGCAUGUGUAUUACGGAGGAAGAACUAGAGGGUCAAUGAAGGUUUCUGUGAUUAAGACUGUCGUCACGUCAAAUCGGCUGUGUUUGCACAAUUAUUGCUGUAGGAUUGAAACAAGGACAAAGAUGGAUCUGUUUAUGAAGAUUUACGAAACUGGAUGUUACCUUUUCAUUUCUGUUAUUUUUUUGCAUUUAUUUAGCCUUUUAAUGUAUUUUUUCUUUUAAGCCCCUUGUUUUUUUGUGUGUGGAUGUGUCGCCACAUAGUGGUUAUAGGAGGACCUACAUCCAGUGUAUAUGGUGAAUUCUGUACAGCACCUAUUCAAAUUCUAGUCUUAAACUCUAAAUAACAUGUAUUUGUACCAUACAAUUAUGGUACAACAAGAACCAUUUAAUCAAGCAUAUCUAUGUAAAUGUUUGGUUGUCAAGAACUGAUUUGUUUCCCAGUUUUUGAUCCUCCUAUAAAUUCCUUUUUAAUGGCAUUACAACAGACCUGGGAAAGUGUUGCUGAUCCUUUGCUACAAGGACCUUUGUGGUCCAAACGGAGAGUCGCUCUCUUUCAUGUUGAGAGGGUCAAAGUUGACUUUUCCCCACUCCAAUUGCUGUUUCUGAAAAGGAAAUGCAUUUAUAUUAUUACUCUGAUUCAAAAUAAAGAAAACAAGGUCAAAUAUUUUA